AUGAGUCUCUCUACCGUUCUAAAAGGCAGUAGAUAUUUGCGUUGCAUUUAUGCAAACUCCAUUCUUAACUCCUCGGUCAUCCUCCCUACUUCUAAUUUUCAAGUACCACGUCAAAUUUCUACAUACAAAUUUCCAGACAGUGACCGAGCAGUAAAAUCUCGUCUAACCGGGAAAUAUACUAAAAUUUGGGAACUCUACAACGAGGUGGUUUACCCUCCUCGUGAAACAUCGAAAUCUGUAACAGAAGAUGAAAAUAUAACAACGAUUCGGCCGGCGGAAGUUACCUACACAAAAGAUAAUAUUUUGUACAGUCAAAAGAAGCUUUGGUUGCUUGGCUUCAUGAUUCGCGGACUUUCUGUUGAUGAGUCUUUCCAGCAACUUGGCUUUCGACCGGAAAAAGGUGCCCGAAUUCUCGAACAAGUAUUGGCACUUGAGACUGCAGUUAAGAAGGCUAUUACCGAACAUGAUGUUGAAUUUUGCACAAAUCUGUGGGUUGAGCAAGCUCUUGUCCUGAGAGGUGAUAGUGUGCCGCGAAUCCACAAAGGCCUGCGGACAACUGUCUCGGCGAAGAAUUAUCAUUACUCUCGUUUGUUGAUUCGUCUUCGAGAAGGCAAGCCUCCAGUUCUCUAUCAUCCUUUCAAUCUUCGCUCCUCGUGGCAUCCAGCUCCUAAUUGUCCUGCUGGUGGUGCACCAGGCUGGGGUACUAGUAAAGAUAUUCUUGACAUUCAGAUUAGAAAACUCCGACGUAGGCGCAUUGCUGGUGAACUGUAA